CGUACUCGUGCGCUUGCGUUGACCAAUCUUAUCCUUCAGGCGCGCGGGUUGCCUGUUUUCAGUAGUUUUCAGGAUGCGAGCAGAGCUUUCGAAUUGUAUUUGGCGCUCAACUCUCUCGCAACUGUUUAACUGAGCUUUCGAAACCUUCUUCCUCUAAUUUUUAGUGCAGUCGUUGUGAGCAGCUAGUGAUUUUCGAGUGGAUAUGUGGAUUUUAUUAUUUCAUCGUCAGCAUAACGUAGUGUACAGACAUGUGACUUGAAUUUAUUUAUCAUCUUUCACAAACUUUGCAAACUUCUUUUCUGUUCUUUCGACAUGGAAAUAAGAUAUCAGAGCUUUCGGGAUGCCCGUUAAAGAUAAGCGUAGAAAAAAAACGUGUCCUUAACGAGAACCGCAUCUGAGCUGCGAGAUGGGGACACGAACUAAACCCUGUUGUGACUGGAGCGGCUGUGCUAGAGCUAGCAUCUUCGUUAUCAUCCUGCCAGCGGCAACCUCCGCCGCCACUCUACAAGCCUUUUACCAUCUGUCUAGUGCUACUAACACCACUUCUAUCGAAAGCUAUUACAACUGCACACAGGUGUCCUGUGAUUUGGAAAAUGAUACUUGGACUCGCAACAAUACCAAUGAUACACUUAGCGACGUUGGCAAAGAUGAACCCUUGGCAGAUCUUAUUCUUAUGGGAGUAUUGUCAGUUGUGCUCGGUCUCAUGAUCCUGGUUACGGUGAUAGGUAACGUUUUUGUGAUAGCUGCGAUAUUGCUGGAGCGAAAUCUACAGAACGUGGCCAAUUAUUUGAUCGUGUCUUUAGCUGUGGCCGAUCUUAUGGUAGCGUGUCUUGUUAUGCCUCUUGGUGCUGUAUAUGCGAUAAGUAACAACUGGAUAAUGGGCCCCGAACUGUGCGAUAUGUGGACUUCCAUUGACGUUCUCUGUUGUACGGCGUCGAUUUUGCAUCUGGUUGCGAUCGCAGUAGACAGAUACUGGGCCGUAACGAACGUGGAUUACAUCCAUACAAGAAAUAGCCACCGGAUCGGGAUCAUGAUCGUGGUUGUUUGGAGUAUUGCUUUGGUGGUUUCGCUCGCCCCACAAAUCCCGCAGUUUAAAGACCCCGAAUACUUGUACCGUAUACAAGUGAAAAAGCAAUGCUUAGUUAGUCAAGACGUAAAGUAUCAGAUAUUCGCCACAAGCUCGACGUUUUACGUUCCUCUCUUAGUAAUUUUCGUUUUGUAUUGGAAGAUCUUUCAGACGGCGCGUAAACGCAUUCGCAGGCGUAGAGAAAUGAAGGGCCAAGUUGUUCUUAAGGUUGAAAAAACUAACAACAACAGUAAGGUAUCGAAGAAUUUCUUAACGAAAAGGAAAUUCUUGAAGAUGAAAAGAUGUUCCACUAAAAAGUCUUCCGCGGCUGAGGCGCUAGUCUCUUCGCUGGUGAUGAUGGAAGGCCAGUCGACUACCACAAUGGAAAUCGUAGAGGAGCAGGACGAGCUUCAGAGUAACGGAAAGCAAGAGGAAACGACGGCUUUCACCAUAACGAAACCGCAAACAUCGACGGUCCAAAGUAACGCGGAGGUUCCUUUAGUCUCCAACAACGUCUCUCCGGAGAAGUCAUCAUCGGCCACCACCAACAACGGUUCUGCAAGCCACCAGAGCCACAUCAGCGAUAUUAGUAGGGUAGAAAUUUUAACCAAGGAGAUUCCUCCGUGUCCGGCGUCCGUAGACAAGUUGAUACCGUCCAGGAGGGAAAAGAAAGAGAGCUUAGAAGCGAAGCGCGAGCGGAAAGCUGCAAAAACACUGGCUAUUAUUACAGGGGCGUUUGUGAUGUGCUGGUUGCCAUUUUUUAUUUUAGCCUUGCUUAUGCCUCUCUGCGGAGACGCUUGUACUAUCAGCGACUACAUCAUGAGUUUCGCCUUGUGGUUGGGGUACUUUAACUCGACGUUGAAUCCGGUCAUUUACACCAUCUUCAACCCGGAGUUUCGACAAGCCUUCAAAAGGAUCCUGUGUGGCGGACACACGAGGGGUCGGAAUUUUCGCUCGGGAAAAAUUAGAUAAAAAUUGAGUUCCUGUUGGCUGGCGCAGGAUUUUUGGUGUAUACAGAACUGGCUCUAACACGAUGAAUCGACGAACCACUUUUUAAGUACACGUAAGUAGUAAGUACAAAUUCGUAGUGGAUCUUCAAACGAUGUACUUUGUGGGAUUAAGAAAAAAUAGAUCCAUACAAAAAAAUGUGAUAUCGUUUCAUGGUUAUUUCUAAUACCAAGAGAACAAAAAAAAAAGACUGUUAAAGGCAGCCGUGGAUUUUUCACUAUUUGUUUCGGAAAUUUGAAUUGAAAAUUAUCAAAGACAAACUUUCAAAAAUCCAUACCUUUUGGAUAGUGGUUUUUUAUUGACCUCUCGGUAUUUCUGCUUCUACCUUAGAGACGUUGAGCUUCUGGUUUGGUCUAUGCUUAAUUUUAAGGAAUUUGUUUCUAUUUUUUCAAAAGUUCAGUAGAAAAAUUUGUUAUUUAUUCCAAAGCUUUUUGUUACUUUAUGAUUUUUGGAUAUCUGCAGUAACCAGUUUUUGUUUGCCAAAUAAAACUAGAAUUAAUUUUAUGCAUCCACUACUUGCAUAAUUCGCGUUAACCAUUCAUUAAAUAAUGCAGAAAUUGAUUGAAACAUCGAUUGAUUGAAGUUAACGCAAAAUUAGCCUUUGAUGAUAAGAAUAUGGAAAGCCUGUGAUGAAAUUUGUGACAGUAGUGUGGCGUGUCCUGCAUCAUGAGAACUAAACUGUGACAGAAUUUAGAAUGUCUAAUAAGUACGAUUUAACGGAUCAUAUGCAAUAUUUUUUAAUUUCGCAAGAAAUAUUGCGCACAUUUUUAUGGAACUUACCUUAGCUAACGUACCUUAGCUUAUAUGUAUAUAUGACAGUACAUGUGAAGGUGAUCAAAAUCGAAUUAAAUUGAUUCGUCGAUCCGUCGUGACCGAGCUUAUGAGUCUUCCAUUUACGUUAAUCAAAAUAGUUCUUCGUUUCGAUGAUGGCUGUGUGAGAAUUGGACGAAAUGCAUUUUUCUCGUACAUAUCCUAUAAUAUUUCAGAGCAUUCCAAAAGAGGGAAAAUAUUUAGCAUACCAGACAUUCUGCGCUCGGUAUUAGGUUUCUUUGACGUACAGUAUUCCUAUCAUGUAUAUACAUACAUAAAAGUAAUGAUUGUUAUGUACUAAGGUAGAACAUGCAAUAUUGUUCCCAAUGACGCUACAAUGUCUUUCUAUAUAAUAGUCGUCGACAGAUGGGGCGUCUUAUAGAGAGCAUCGAAACUGAACCUAGUUAAAGACGCCUCUAGAAUAUAUCAUCAGGUAGAUAUUUAAUUCGACAUUUCAGCUUUUAUUUAAACUUGCUGUGCGCUUACGUGUAAUAUAUGCGUCAUCAAACUCUUCGGAGAAACGGGAUAAGUAUUUUAAUAUUGUCGUUGUUUGUAUCUAUGUACAUACGUUUUGGAAAUGUCAUUUUAAACAACUGUAUCUAGAUGUAAAGUAUACUUCACCACCGACUCCGGCUGAGGCGCAAUCUUUCCCCAUAAACGUACCAAUUAAGCAAAGAAAUUUGGAUAAGAGAAGAGGAAAUGGAGCUAUGUUUAUUGGACGCUCGGUAGGGGCGCCGUUGACCGUAAAAUUGGAUAAAUUAGGCAGUUUGGCCCGGAGGAAUUGCCAAAAGAUUGUGCUAAAAUCGGGCAGAUUUCGGUCGUGCCGUGUACGAUCUAUUUUGUAUUUUUAUAUCGAAUCAAACGACUAAUAAAUAAAUCGCUGUGUUGCAGGUGUAACAUUAUCAAUAACUCUGUAACCAUGGCCGUUAUUUACGAGACUAAUGGGUAUGGUUGGCAGAUGAUGAAUUGGGCUUCUGAUAUGUAUACGAUAUAUAAUUGAGCCUGUAUAUCUGUAUAUUGCAGGAAGCAAACACACAAUUUAAGCGAAUCGCAGGGUGCGCAUUUCUGUGUAAAAUAACGUUCGUAUCAAAUGCAUUAAUGUACUUACAUAAUAAUCGUUAUAGUAGAUAUAUGCUGUAAAUAUUCCACCUAUAUCAGACUAGCGAGAAUACCGUAGAAAUAAAUACAAAUAACAUUACUACGUGUUGUAGCUGCUUAGAUAUCUGUAAAUUGCUUUGACUAUUAUAAAUAACUGAACUCAUAUUGUGAUAAUAUGCGUUGCUAUAUUAAGGUUUUAACAAAUUAUUUAUUAUUUUAGAUGUUAUGUACAUAAAGAUAAUACGCCCAUGCCCAUUUUUAUUUAUACAACUAUUAUGUAAAUAUUACAAACAUUAUUGUUCAUCAAACUGUGUUAAAAUGUAUAUUAAAAAUAAAUUAA